CUACCCUCCCGAGGGGAGUCACGCGGUCCUGCACCCGGUCCUUGCCGCGGGCGGAGGAAGACGUGCCUGGCUGCCCUCGCCACCCAUCACUACCCUUCGGUCCCUGGAACGGACUGAGCACGUGCUUGGCGCAGGGAGGAGGAAGGGGCGUGAAUGUAUCUCAGUCCAUGUGGGGCAGGCAGGCGUGCAGAUGGGCAAUGCCUGCUGGGAGCUCUACUGUCUGGAACAUGGGAUUCAGCCUGAUGGGCAGAUGCCCAGUGACAAGACCAUUGGUGGAGGGGACGACUCCUUUACUACCUUCUUCUGUGAAACGGGUGCUGGAAAGCAUGUGCCUCGGGCAGUCUUUGUGGAUCUUGAGCCUACAGUCAUUGAUGAGAUCCGAAAUGGCCCAUAUCGGCAGCUCUUCCAUCCAGAGCAGCUCAUCACUGGGAAAGAGGAUGCUGCCAACAACUAUGCCCGUGGGCACUACACCAUUGGCAAGGAGAUCAUCGAUCCAGUGCUGGACCGCAUCCGAAAGCUGUCUGACCAGUGCACAGGGCUGCAGGGCUUCCUAGUAUUCCACAGCUUCGGAGGGGGCACAGGCUCGGGCUUCACCUCUCUGCUGAUGGAGCGGCUCUCUGUUGACUACGGCAAGAAGUCCAAGCUGGAGUUCUCCAUCUACCCUGCCCCUCAAGUGUCCACUGCUGUGGUGGAGCCCUACAACUCCAUCCUGACCACCCACACCACCCUGGAGCACUCAGACUGUGCCUUCAUGGUGGACAACGAGGCCAUCUACGACAUCUGUCGCCGCAACCUGGACAUCGAGCGCCCCACCUACACCAACCUCAACCGCCUCAUCAGCCAGAUCGUGUCCUCCAUCACGGCCUCCCUGCGCUUUGACGGGGCCCUCAACGUGGACCUGACGGAGUUCCAGACCAACCUGGUGCCCUACCCCCGCAUCCACUUCCCCCUGGCCACCUACGCGCCGGUCAUCUCUGCAGAGAAGGCCUACCACGAGCAGCUGUCGGUGGCAGAGAUCACCAACGCCUGCUUUGAGCCUGCCAACCAGAUGGUGAAGUGUGACCCCCGGCAUGGCAAGUAUAUGGCCUGCUGCCUGCUCUACCGCGGCGAUGUGGUGCCCAAGGAUGUCAACGCUGCCAUUGCAGCCAUCAAGACCAAGCGCAGCAUCCAGUUUGUGGACUGGUGCCCCACGGGCUUCAAGGUUGGUAUCAACUACCAGCCACCCACUGUGGUGCCAGGGGGUGACCUGGCGAAGGUGCAGCGAGCCGUGUGCAUGCUGAGCAACACGACCGCCAUUGCUGAGGCCUGGGCCCGCCUGGACCACAAGUUUGACCUGAUGUAUGCCAAGAGGGCUUUUGUACACUGGUAUGUGGGUGAGGGCAUGGAGGAGGGGGAGUUCUCUGAGGCCCGGGAGGAUAUGGCUGCCCUGGAGAAGGAUUACGAAGAAGUGGGCAUCGACUCCUAUGAGGACGAGGAUGAGGGAGAAGAAUAGACAGCUGCUCAGAGCCUGUUCACUGUGCUCACUGCAAAGUCCUUUCGAAAUAAAGUCUCCUUGCAGGUC